AUGGACGGCCAUGUUUCAAAUUAUGAAAAUAGCCCGGAUAACUCUAACCAACUUUGUAUAUUUCCAAAACCGUUAGACGAGCCAGAGGUCAUUCAAAUCCUCCAAGACGAAAAUGGAAUUAUUCAAGAGGAGAUUAAAGAAGAGCCAUCCCCAUGGGAGUUACUAUUUGAUAAAGUCAGAUUGCUUGAUUUUUCCACUGGAGGAAAAGAGAUGGAGAAAGCAGUACAAGACUAUAUUAGAUUUAAAAAUACAGGAGAUUCAGAAAAUACCGAAAAUGUAAGUGCUUCACCAGAAGAAAAACACUCUAUGAAUCUUUUCUAUAAAAGUCAAGAUCCUACAGGCCCACUAACACCAACUGAAGAUGUUAAUAUGGAUGCCUCUAAAACUUUUGAAGCUGUAGCCACUGAAUUGUAUUAUUCUAGAGAAGAAGUGAAUAUUGCUUCUGAUUUACUUAAAAUUCUGCUUCAUGAGAAGUAUAUUAAACGCGAAGUUGAUGUAGACUCCAACUUACUUCCUCCUACCACCAACUAUACAAUGCUUUUAAGAAACAAGAAAAAAUUGUUUUCCCUAUCAAGUAAUAUUUUAAAGAAAGCUUAUACACAGUUGAAGCACAUCGUCGACAAAGACAUUUUUCAUACUGAAAUUAAAAAUCUUCAAAAACGGUGGAGGUUACGGCUGGAAGGAUCUCGAAUAUACUUAGAUCCUUCCUAUUACACUUGCGGUUCUGAGUAUGCCACAGAAUUUCCUUUGUUGAUCGAGGACUCACUCGAACUUGGUAGUAGUAAAACUAAUUUUUUUAAACUGGAAGCUGGUCUUCCAGGGGAACUUAAUCGUUUAAGACUUCUCAAAAUUGCUUUUUCGAGUCACACUUCUCUCAAAGAUUGCAGCUUCUCUAGUUUAUGUUACUACAAAUUCGUGCACGAGGGCAGUUUAGAGAAGCUGCGAGAAGUCCAGUUUUCCCUGUUUUGCAAAGAAAUCUUCUUUUUGUUGAAAAGAGAUCUUUUUCACUGUCCUCAUAUUCUGGCCGCUACGGAUGACACUUCACUUUUGCGUCUUGAUCUCGGCAGCGGUACAUUUCUCAUUCUUCAGUGGGCAGAAGAAGGUCAGAGCGAAGGCGAGUGUAGUGACGAUGCUGGGCUUUCUAAUUCUCUACUGCCGCCCGUUAUAUACCAAUUCAUGCUCUGUGUUUUGCUACAUCAAAAAUUGCGAAGGAUCCAUCUCCACCGCAAAAUACCACUUGGCUAUUACAAGCGGCAUUUAGAGAAUACUAUCCGGCCUAGCAAAAGACUUUCUUUCAAUGAAGAAGGUGCUAGGCUCUUAGAGAUCAUUCAUCUCGCAGCUUCCCACGUCAGUCUCAGGCACAAGCUCACGCGGUGCGUUGACUCUCUUGUUAAGGCUUUUGUGGAACCACGUGUUGUGACCCAUUGGGAGGCCACCGGGACGCCUGCUGUAUCCCAGCUAACUGUUUCGUUCCGCUUCCCUUCUUUUGGGAGAUCGCACCAACACUGCGGCCUUCUUUUCUUAGUAGUCAGAAAUUCCAUUCGGUGCACAACUAGCGAAGGCGUAACUCAUCAAGUAGAUGAGGCGGAAUUCCUUCAUCUCCUUCGUGGGCAACUGGCUGUUUCCAUUGCCCGUGUGAUUAAGAAAGAAGCGGAACUUUUGGGCUGGGUGGGAACCGGGAGCUUUUCGGCCGAUCUUGACACAAUACAAAUGCAACUUUGCAAAAAAUCAGACUCUAUGAGCCUUUGUCUUUCUACCGAAGAGACCUUUCCCUUUGUGCGGCUUAGCGCUAUCUUGAGUCGGGCGGGACGUUUAAAACUUGUUAGUUGGGAGAACAUACCCGGCCUCACCUUCCGGACAAAACUUCAGUGGCUUUUCUUUGUUGUUUCGAAGACUUAGAGGCUUUAAAAAAAAUAAGUUGCUAUUCUCUUGUGGGGGUAUGCGGGCUUUGCUGGAAGUUCGUGUUAAUAGUAGAAGUAGAUAACGAGAACUACUUUGCUUUCGCUUCAACCGUUUGUAUCGUAACCCUUUAUAACUGCCUGACACCUUGAAUAAUUUUUAAUCAGUACUUCGGUUAAGUGGGGUGUUAGGUGUUUA